CUAGGCAAGAAAAACACAACUGAACCGAACUGAACUAGGGCUGGUGGUUGAUCAGGACUUCCUUUAUUUAUUCGUUUGCAAUUAUGACAAGAAUUUAUAUAUUUGGACUUUAUACUUUUAUUUUGUUCAUUUUCUUUUUAUCAGGAAGUCAAGGAAGCCUCCACCAUGCCCUUCAUUAUUACGACACUCUUCACAUAGACAAUGUCAAACAUCACAUUGUUAAAAGAGAUCUAGAUGAGGAUGAUCAACAUGUACGAUACAUCAGUUUUACAACUUUGGGAAGGAAAUUUGAUCUAGAACUGAGACCGUCUGAGACAGUUUUAUCGUCAACUUUCAAAGCAUAUGCAGUUGAUGAACAUGGUAAAAAAGAGGAAUAUGAAUUUGAUAGAGAUAAUGUCCUCUCUGGUCAUCUAACAGAUGAUUUUGAUUCACAUGUUCAAUGCCAUAUUGAAGAUGAUAACACGCUAAAUGCAAAGAUUGUGACACAAGAAGAAACAUAUAUUAUAGAGCCUUCAUGGAGGCAUCUAACAGAUACAGUCAAUGGUACAAUGAUUUCAUACAGAAAAUCUGACAGAAAAUCAAAUGAUACGCAUACGUAUUGCGGACAUGGUAGCCAUCUCCCCAAAGGCUUGAAAUAUGAUCGAGAUUUGGAAGAAGAGGAGCACCACCAUUACACCAAGCAGUACCAAGAAUCGGAUGGACAUGGAAGACAGAGAAGGUCUCUUCGUCCACCUCCAAAACACGUCUGUCCCUUGCUUCUAACAGCUGAUAGCCUCUUUUAUGUGAAUAUGGGUCAAAGUAGUAUGUCACAAACUAUCAAUUAUCUUAUUUCGCUUGUGGACCGAGUCAAUUUGAUCUACAAAAGAACAAACUGGGAUGGUAAAAGCUACGGUGGAUUUUACUUUGAAGUUGCAGAGGUUACUGUUCAUAAAACACAGAUAAUGGGGAACCAUUACAAUACAAAACCACCUAUUGGUGAUGUUUGGGAAGUGCAAGAUCUCUUAGAGAUGUAUAGCAAACAAAAUCACAUGAAAUUCUGCUUAGCUCACCUGUUCACUUACCAAGAUUUCUCAAGUGGGGUGUUAGGUUUAGCAUAUAUUGGAACUCAAAGAACCAAUGCUGUUGGUGGUAUAUGUACACAAUCUUAUCCAUCUAAUGGUGGUGACUUAUACCUUAACACUGGAUUGACAACGACCCUCAAUUGGGGGCGCCGGGUACUCACGGAUGAAGCUGAACUUGUCACAGCACAUGAAUUAGGACAUAAUUUUGGAAGUGAGCAUGAUCCAACAACCAACAUCAAUGGUUGUGCCCCAGAUGAUCCUAAUGGCAACUUCUUAAUGUAUCCAGCCUCAGUAAGUGGCAAGAAACCAAACCAUGAUCGAUUUUCUCCUUGUAGCAAACGUAUGAUCCAGCAAGUUUUAAAAGCUAAGUCUUCUCGCUGCUUUAGAGAACCACAAGGUACAAAUGUCUGUGGCAACUAUCGAAUUGAUAAAAAUGAACAGUGCGAUGCCGGGUUACUUGCCCAAGGAGAAAGUGACCCGUGUUGUCAUUUAAAAUGUAAACUGAAACCAGGAAAGAAAUGCAGCGAUAAAAACUCUCCUUGCUGCGAAGGCUGUAGAUUUGCACCACCAACGAAAGCUUGUCGAGAAACUGAGUACUCUGACACUGGUUGCAAGAAAGCAGCGUUCUGUACUGGACAACAUGCGAAUUGUCCAAGAGCUGAAUUUAAACAGGAUGGUUCCCCUUGCAUAGAAAAUGGACGAUGUAUGAAUGGAGUAUGUAUGCCUUUCUGUGAAGUUAAUGGUCUGGUGUCCUGUAUAUGUUCUGAUUCUACAGAGUCUUGUUAUUGGUGCUGUAAAAGGACUGAAGCUGAUGAUUGUACUAUAUAUAUCAACUCUACAUUAAAACAGCCACAGCGUGUUCCUGAUGGUAGGCCUUGUAACCAUGGAGUUUGUAAAAAGGGAAAAUGUGAAACUCAAGCUCAAGAUUUUAUAGAAAGAUUCUUCGAUAUUUUUGAAGGAAUCACAAUUAGUAAACUAGGUCGAAUAAUAAAGGACAACAUCGUAGGAGCAACAAUUAUUAUCUCUCUGAUCAUUUGGAUUCCAUGUAGCUGCCUUGUUCACUAUGUAGAUAAAAAACGUGAAAAAGAAAUUAGUGAAGAUAAUGACUGGUUCAAUCCAACUAAUAAAGAACUGAUGAGGCCAGGUGACAAGGGUAAAGUUCGAAGUGGGAAAGUCCCGCUGGAUGGUAAAUACAAUAAUUGGCAAUCAAGGUCACAAGUGAUUGCUCAAGAAGCUGAACAAGACUCGAAUCUCUUUUUAACCUGGCUAAAAGGCAGUGAAGGCGGAAAAGAAAACUCCACGUCAUCGCCUCAGGAACCAACCGAAGACUACAGCACAUAUUUAGGAGAUGCAGACUUAUGAAUCAUCUCUGUUUUAUUGUACAUUUAUCUUAACAGAGCAUUUUCAUAUUAUAUAUUAUUGCUUGAGCCACAUUUGGCUUUCAAUUAAAAUGUUAGCGAGAUGUACCAGUAGGCCUAUGCAGCGUUUUGAGCCAAGACAUAAAUGAAAACGCAUGCUUAAAAAUAUACGUGUAACCGUUAAAUCAAUACCACGUCCCGACAUGUCUUGUUUCCCUGUUUACGCACACAUACAGGAUGAAUGUGUUAAAAUACGCCUAUUAUAUCAAAACACAGCUAGUAAAAAUUCAGAAAAUUAUUUUUUUUUAUAAUAAAAAUAUUAAUUAAUUUGAGAGGGUGUUCCAAAGUUCAAGAUUGAUUACAACUGUAUUGGUUUGAUUUUUACCAUUCUCAGUCAGUGGACAGGUGUGACAUUGCUUUAAUUUCUAACAUUUACAUAGUCAGUCAUUUACAUAGUCAGUCAUUUACAUAGUCAGUUACAAGCUCUGCAACAACAAACCAGCAAACUAAGUCGAUAUACUUUGAACCAAAAUUUCACAAUAAAUGGCAUUAGUGCUUAGGCAACGGAUUGCACGCUUUGGUACUUUUCAACAAAAAACCUAUUUCAGAUACGGAUUUAUUGCAUACAACAGACUAUCUUUGUAGAUAGCAAUACCGGUGUGGAGAGGGGUUGGCGCACCAGACCGUUACCUGAAAAUAUGUCAACAAUGAGUCAGAAAAUUGCUAUUUUCUACCUGCAAACCAUUUUUUUUAUUACAGUAUUAAUCAUUUUCUAAUAAUAGAUCCCAAUAUGCGGAGCUGUGCCUAUAAAAAAAAAAAAAGAUUAUUUUAAAUUAAAUGCAAUAGACUGAAAUUAGCUGCAAAGUUAAAAAAAAAAUCAAUGAGAUUUUCAGUUGUAGACAGUCGCAAAAUAAUUAUUUAUAUAUAUAUAUAUAUAUAUAUAUACAUAUAUAUAUAUAUAUAUUGUAUAUAUGAUAUAUAUAAAUUAGACAUUGUUCCACGUAUUAUACAGAACAGUGUGUUUUGCCGGAGGCACGUGAUAAAAGGGUUGACGCAUUUGGGAGCAUUAUAUAAUUUGUUUUAACGAAUAUUUCGUCCUCUUCUAGGAAUUUUUCAGCAUAGUGACUGUUCGAAUACCGGUUUCGGCAAUUUUUUAAAUUAAUAGUCAAGCGCCUUGUUGACAAAGACUGCAGAAGUACCGUAGUGGAAAUAUUCGUUGCAAUAAAUGUUAGUGUUUCUUAA